CCAGUAAAAUAAGUUGUAAAUUAUUUUAAUGUAAUAUUUCGCCUUCAAGAUAAUAUUUAAUGCUAUAAAAAACAUGCCUAGGUGUUUCUUGAACUCUGUGCGACCGUUUAGAGAUAGUUUCAUACAUGAAUCGGAUAAAAAUAGCUCUGAAAUUGACCCGAAACCGAUCCGCAUUCUGAAAACCAAUUUAAAACGCCAAAAGUACUUACUGAAGACAAACGAGACUAUAUUCAACGACAAAGUCCCAAUUUCCACACGUUUCUACUUGCAACUGUUAAAGAAGAGUCAAUUUUUGGAACAUUUCACCAAAACAGAGAUCUACGAAUACGCUUCCGAAAGCGAGAAAGCUGUGAAUUCACCGGAAAUAAAGAAUAAAACAACACAAAAGAAGGAAACAGAGAAGAAAUCGUACAACUUAAGGUCGACGGAAUUAAAAACGGAACGCAAGACGUUCGGUGAGAAAACACGCGCUCAGAAGAAACGGAACGCAGAAAACACAAUAGAAAUUUCCGAACUGACAGAAGUGCGGAAACGGAAGCCUAAGAGAGAGCCUUUGGCGCCGAUAAUUGAGGAAAUAAAGAAACUCCCAUUAAAAGUGGGAAACAAAGGUGGUUCGGAAAUAGACAAGAUUGCGGAGAAAUUAAAAACUUUGGUCACGACAAAUGCGUGUGAGAAACUCGAUAAGGAACUGCUGACUUGCAAGGAGUCAUUUGAGAAGGUGAAUUUGGAUGAUGAUGUAGUGGAAGAGGUGAUUCAGGAUGCAGAGCGUAUCUUCCCCCUCAAACUGCCCUGGACGGAGCCUCCGGCCACGCUGCGCGCGAGCCACACAUGCGGCUACUGCGGCAAGGGCUUCGACAGGCCCUGGGUCCUGAAGGGACACCUCAGGUUACACACCGGCGAGCGCCCCUUCCCCUGCCCUCACCCGCACUGCGGCAGGACCUUUGCUGAUCGAUCCAACCUUCGAGCUCACCAGCGCACUCGAGGUCACCACACCUGGCAAUGGUGCUGUGUGGAGUGCGGCAAAGCGUUCAGCCAGCGACGGUACCUGGAGAGACAUAGGGACGAAGCAUGCCGCAAGUACAAAAUGCACGCCCGCAACAAGUGUACUCAAGCCCACUCGACCUCAAAGGCCGCUGUCCCAGAAGUGGACUUGACGCUUCCAGUCCCACUAUACGGCCUGAUACGACAUAGCGAGAAGCCUGCGGAAGAAUUCUCUACGGAAGUACAGGAACUGCCCAUAGACUUGUCUAUGAGUAAGAGGAGUGUUGAAUUAGAAUAAGUUAAAAUUUUGAUUUAAAAUAUAUAGGUUUGAUUUUUA